AAAGAGGCGGCAUAGGCAUCGCGACACUCUCUAGCAGCAGCAGCAGGAGGGCAAGAGAUGAGAGGGGAGCCGGCGGCGCCGCUGCUACCGCCAGGCGCUCUCUGGGCCGGCUCCAGGGCUGGGCGUGCUGCAGUCUCCGCCUCCCUCCGAGCGGCGCCGCUUCAGUCGGCUUCUGCUUCUUCCCGCCCCCUCCUCCUUCUCCUUCUCCAAGCCCGGGAGGGAAGGAAGGCAAGACGGAGGUGGCGGCGGCGGCGGCGGCGGCGCGAGAGGCGGCUGAGGGGGACCCGACACGCUUAAAGUCCACAUUGCAUCCAUGUUUGGGAAAACAUAGUUACUGCAGCUAGAGGGGAUCAGACACCGACAGCAAAAGAAAAGAUGAGUAUGUUGAAACCGAGUGGGCUUAAGGCUCCCACUAAGAUCAGCAAACCUGGAAGUACGCUGCUGAAAACGUCUGCCGCCGCUCCUGCCCCGGCAGAAAAGGCAGCAGCCAGUGAGAAGGCACCAACUGCACCCGCCUCGGAAGCACAGGAUGAGUUUGUGGAUGAUUUCCGAAUCGGGGAGCGUGUUUGGGUCAAUGGGAAUAAGCCUGGCUUUAUCCAGUUCCUGGGAGAGACACAGUUUGCUCCGGGGCAGUGGGCAGGGAUUGUUUUGGAUGAGCCCAUCGGCAAGAACGAUGGCUCUGUGGCAGGACUCCGGUACUUCCAGUGCGAGCCCUUACGAGGAAUCUUUACGAGGCCCUCGAAGCUAACAAGGAAAGUGGUGGCUGAGGAUGAAGCCAACGGUACGCAGGCCUCCUGUGCUUCUCGCGCCACUUCGCCAACCUCCGUCUCAGCUGCUAGCCUCGUGUCGUCGCCUUCUGCAGCAGCUCACCUGCCUCCCACAGGUAUUCCCCACAAGACCUCUCCUGCUGCUGCUAAGGAACAUCCCGUUUCUCAAGUUAGCAAUCUUUCCAAGACAGCAAGCGAAUCCAUAUCGAACCUUUCCGAAGCCGGCUCGGUAAAGAAAGGAGAACGGGAACUCAAAAUGGGAGACCGGGUUUUGGUUGGUGGUACUAAAGCUGGUGUCGUCCGCUUUCUUGGGGAGACUGACUUUGCGAAGGGAGAAUGGUGCGGUGUUGAAUUGGACGAACCGCUGGGGAAGAAUGAUGGAGCCGUGGCUGGAACAAGGUACUUCCAGUGCCAGCCGAAAUAUGGCCUGUUUGCCCCUGUCCACAAAGUCACCAAGAUUGGCUUCCCAUCGACGACGCCAGCAAAAGCCAAGACGGCGGUCAGGAAAGUCAUCCCGACUCCCUCCAGCUUGAAACGCAGCCCAAGUGCCUCUUCUCUCAGCUCCCUGAGCUCUGUGGCAUCAUCAGUAAGCAGCAAGCCAAGCCGUACAGGACUAUUGACAGAAACGUCUUCACGCUACGCAAGGAAGAUUUCGGGCACCACCGCGCUGCAGGAGGCGCUGAAAGAGAAACAGCAGCACAUCGAGCAGCUCCUGGCCGAGAGGGACCUGGAAAGAGCUGAGGUCGCCAAGGCCACCAGCCACGUUGGAGAAGUAGAGCAGCAGCUAGCCUUGGCCCAAGAUGGGCACGAUCAGCGUAUCCUGGAAAUGGAAGCCAAGAUGGACCAGUUGCGGGCCUUGGUUGAAGCUGCUGAUAGAGAGAAAGUAGAACUGCUUAACCAGCUGGAAGAAGAGAGAAGGAAGGUCGAAGACCUCCAAUUCCGUGUAGAAGAAGAAUCCAUUACCAAAGGCGACUUAGAGCGAAAGAGGCAGAUUUCGGAAGAACACGAGAAUACGCAGACCAAACUGGAGCAUGCCCGCAUUAAGGAGCUUGAACAGAGCCUGCUCUUUGAAAAGACCAAAGCUGACAAACUCCAGAGGGAGUUAGAAGAUACUAGGGUGGCCACUGUAUCUGAAAAAUCUCGAAUCAUGGAAUUAGAAAGGGAUCUAGCACUGCGGGCAAAGGAAGUAACUGAGCUACGAGCAAGACUAGAGUCCAGUAAACCCGUCAGUAAUGUGGACACUUCUCUCUCGUUGUUACAAGAAAUCAGCACUCUGCAAGAAAGAAUGGCAUUGCUAAGCAAAGAACAUCAGGAUGAGAUGAAGUCGUUGAAAGAGAAGCUUGAGACCAGUGGAGAAUCUUAUCAGAAGGAGAUCAAAACGUUGCUGGCAUCCCACAAAAAGAUGACAAAAGAGAAUGAGUCUCUGAAAACAAGACUGGAUGAUGCCCACAAGGAGAAUCUAGAAGUGACUGAGCUGUGGAAAUCCAAGCUAGAGUCUGCUAUUGCUUCCCACCAACAAACCAUGGAAGGGUUGAAGACUUCUUUCAGCAAAGGGGUUGGGGCCCAGGAGGCUGAAUUUGCAGAGCUCAAGACCCAGAUUGAGAAGAUGAGAGUAGAGCACCAGAGUGAAACAUCCAAUUUGAAGCUCAAGCAAGAAAGUGAGAGGUCACUGCACCAGAAGGAGGUGAACGCUCUGAAAGAGAAACUGCUGGAGGUCGCUGACGAGAAGGAGAGAAACCUGGAGGCCUUAAAGACCAAGCUGGAAAGCGCUGAAGAUCAGCAUCUGGUAGAAAUGGAAGACGCUCUAAAUAAGUUGCAGGAAGCUGAAAUCAAGGUAAAGGGGCUAGAGGAGUUCCAGGCCAAGUGCAAUGAACAGGCCAAGGCUAUUGAUGAUUUCAAAGCCAAGAUCAAAACCACUGAAGCGAAGCUCUUGGAACUUGAUGCUCUUCAGAAGGCUGGUUCUGAAGGUAAACUGAAGUUGGAGAAACUUAGCAAGGAGCUUGAGGCAGCUGAAAAAAAGAUACAAAACUUAGAGAACGAAAGGAAUAAUGAAAGUAGCCAGGCUGGUAAUACUGUCAAAGAACUUAAGGAGAAAGAGCAAAAGCUGCUUAGUCUUGAGAGUAACUUGAUUGCAGUAAAUCAACUAAAAGAUUCUUUGGAAGAGGAACUUCUAGAUUUGAAAGGAAAGUUUACUAAAGCUGCUGAUGAGUCAGAAAGUGUACAAAAAUCUAUGCAAGAAACUCUUGAAAAACUAAACCAAAAAGAACAGCAAUUUGCACUUAUGUCAUCGGAUCUAGAUCAGCUCAGAACUAACUUGACAGCCAUGGAGAAGAAAUUGAAAGAGAGAGAAGAGAAGGAACAGCAGCUGAUUGAGUCUAAAGUCAAACUUGAAAACGAUAUCGCUGAAAUAAUGAAAUCCUCAGGAGACAGUUCCUCACAACUUACAAAGAUGAAUGAUGAGCUGCGGUUAAAAGAGAAGCAACUAGAGGAACUCCAUAUUCAGCUCACCAAGGCCAAUGAGAGAGAGCAUGAGCUGCAGGCCAGCAUGGAGAGUGCAGCACGAACAGCCGAAGACAUGCAACAGGAAACGCAUAAGAAGCAUCAGGCAGAACUGCAAAAGAUGCGGGAGAAACUGGGCCACCUGGAGAAGAAAAUUGUCACCAGCCAGAAUCAGUGUAAGGACCUUCAGGCCAUGCAGGAAAAAACCCAUUCUGAGAUGGCCGCCAAGCAUGACACAGCUAUCAAGGAGCUUAAGCAGAAACUGCAGGAGAUGGAAGAGCUAUUAAGAAGCGCACACAGCAAAAACGGUGACUUGGAAAAGCAAGUUGACGGGCUCAAGAAGGAAGCGGAGCGCGCAAAGUCUUUAACCUCUAUGUUAGCAACAGCCAGGAAAGAGAUUGAACUAAUGUCAGACGAGAUGAGGGCUUUGAUAUCAGAGAAAGAAACCUUGGCUCAGGAGGGGAAUGCUUUAAAGUUAGAGAAAGGUUCCUUGCUCUCAAAACUUGUAGAGUUGGAGUCCAAGAUUGGGUUGUUAAAACAAGAUCAGGAAAAACUUUGGACAGUGAAUGAAGAGCUUAAUCUAGAGAACAAGAAAGUCAUAAAGGAGAAGCAAGAAGCUGAACGUAAAACCCAGGAGGAAAAAGCAAAGAACGACGACCUCAUUUCUGAGAAAGGAAAGUUGCUGUUGGAAAUUGAGGCAGCCCAAGAUGAUCUUCUUAAGAUAGCGAGAGAGAAUGACACGCUACACUCUUCCAAAGCAGCUCUGCUCCACCAGGUGGACGAGGUCCAGGCCCGUAGUGAUGCCUUAGCACAGGAAUGUCAGCAGCACGUCAGCCAGAGGGAAGAGUUGGAGGACUGUCAGAGGAAGCUUUCAGAGGAAAAUGCCGCCCUUCUCAAAGACAAGGAUGACGUCAUUCAGAAGCUGAAGAGUUCUUACGAAGACAUGGCCAGAGACCAAAAGGAGCUCCUUCAGGAAGUAACUUCCCUGGCAGCUGAGAGGGACUCACUCUUGGGAGAACACUUGGAUCUUGAAAACAAGUAUGUGACUUUGAAAAGGGAGAAGGAUAUCUUCUUGCAGACUAGCCAGGAUCUACAAUUGGACAAGGAGGCUCUCCUGCAAAGCCAGGAGGAGCUGCGUAAAAACUUAGAGCAGGCUCUCGAUGAGAAACAGAAGCUCAGUGAGAAGACCGAAGUCUUGCAAGCGGAGCUAGAAGGGGCCAAUAAAGAGCUGAAGGUGAUCACCAAAGACAAGGCACAACUGCAGGCCUCUCAUGCCAGCCUUUCGAAGCUGCUGGAAGAGAUUAAGGCCAGCCGGGAGACAACGGAUUCAGAAUGCAUUCAGUUGCUGCAAGAGAAGGAAGCCUUGGCUUCAUCCGAGGCGAGACUCUUGGGUGAAAAAGAAGAGCUUGUGAAUGAAAACAAGGCGCUUUCCGAAAAACUGGCCAAGGUCUCGGAAGAUGCGGCUGUCACCGAGAGAACGUUGAAUGAGAAGCUGAGCCAGGUGAGCACAGAGAAGGAACUGGCUUCUCAGAAGGCCUGCAAGCUGAAGAAGCAGAACGAAAGCCUCACAAAGGAAAAAGCCACUUUGGAGGUGAAGUGUGCUGAGCUCCAUACUGAGAAGCAGUCCUCUACCAAAGCUCUGUGUGACCUGAAGAGGAAGCACGAGCUGGACAUCUCGGCCAAGAGAGUGCUGACCCAAGAGAAGGCCAGGCUCCAGGGCAGCGUUGAGACUCUGAAGCGAGAGCUUGACCAGAAAAUGGAAGAAAAUCACGAGCUGGCCAGUUACAAAUGCGAGCUGUCUAAAAUCUUGAAAGAGGCCCAAAGUGCCAAAACAGUGUUAGAAAAUGAAUACUCUGCCCUGCUUCAUGCGAAACAGCUGCUUGCGGCUUCAUUUAAAAGCAGUUCUUCUGAGAAGGAGGUACUGAGCAAAGAGAAAACUCAGUUGCAAGAAGAAUGCCAGAAGUUAAGCAAGGAGCUCAAAACGGUUCACAAUAACCUGACAAUAGAACGAGAAGGUAGGAGGCUGGAGAAAGAGUCCUUUGUGGUAGAAAACACACAACUUCAUAACAGGGUCAGCCAGUUAGAGAGGGAGAGUGAACAGCUAAAAUCUAAAAGCAAAGAGCUGUUGGCUGAAAGAGAUAAAUUGAAGCAAGAAAAGCUAAAGUCGGAAUCCAAACUAGAGGAGAUUAUGAAAGAAAAGGAGAUCCUUAGUGCUGAGACAGACCAACUCGCGUCCAACAUUGAGAAGCUAAAGAGCGAGUUUGUAGCCCUGACAAAGUCGAAAGCAGAGCUUCAGGAAGUGCACGGCUCCGUCUCCAGGAUCCUAGAAGACCUCCGAUCCAGCCACGAGAGGUCUGAACUGGAGCGUGCCAAGCUUCUUCAGGACAACGAGGUCCUGCUCUCCGAGCAGAAGCAUCUGAUCACAAUCAAGGAAGAGAUCUUGAAAGAGAAGGAAAAGUUCUCCAAUGACUACUACAAACUGCACGAAGAAGUAAUGCUCCUGGCACAGGAAAACAACGAGAUGUCGGCCAGUCUUUUGACCUCUCAGAACAGAAACCUGUUGCUGCAGACAGAAAGGGAUGAGCUUGUCUUGAAACUGAAAGAAAUCGAGACUCUUCAGGCACAUGGGGUCACGCAAAGAUUUGAGACUGCAAAAACAGCAGAAGAUGCUUUGCAGAUAGUUGAGCAAGUGACCAAAGAGAAGGAAGCUCUCAGUCACGAGAAGAUGGAAACUUUGGCUUCGCUGGAGGCUUCAAAACAGGCGAAUCAGAAGCUGCAGAAGGAGUUGGAUAGCCUCAAACAAAACAACCUGAAAAAUAAAGAGGAGCUUAACAAGUCCAAGGAGCUUCUGAAUGCGGAGAACAAGAAAGUAGACGAGAUUAGAAAAGAACUAGAAGUGCUAAAGCUGGCAGAGGCUGAGAAGUCCCAGCAGCUCAUCGCGCUGCAAGAGGAGAACGUUAAACUUGCCGAGGAGCUGGGCAAAGGGGAAGUCACCAGUCACCAGAAGCUGGACGAAGAGAGAUCUGUCCUCAAUAAUCAGCUGUUAGAGAUGAAAAAGAGCUUGCCCAGUAUCACUUUAAGAGAAUCCAACUUUAAAAAAGAAAUUGAUGAAGAGAGAGCUUCUUUACAGAAAUCCAUCAGUAUUACUAGUGCCUUGAUCACAGAAAAAGAUGAAGAACUGGAUAAACUCAGAAAUGAGGUCACAGUGUUGCGUGGAGAGAAUGCCACUGCAAGGAAUUUGCAUUCCGUCGUUCAGUCGCUUGAGUCUGAUAAACUAAAACUUGAGCUAAAAGUAAAGAACCUGGAGCAGAAGCUCAGAGAGAGCCAGAAACCCAGCUCCUCAGAUGAUACAGCUGGUGGCACCCUCCAGGACGAAAACAGCCAUGAAAGCCAGAUUGACUUCCUAAACUCUGUCAUAGUGGAUCUUCAAAGGAAAAACAAUGAGUUGAAACUGAAAGUGGAAAUGAUGUCUGAGGCAGCACUCAAUGGCAAUGAGGAAGAAGUUACUAAUUUCGACAGUGAGGAAGAAAACCAAACCAAGAAGAAGCCUCGUCUUUUUUGUGACAUUUGUGACUGUUUUGAUCUCCAUGACACUGAAGAUUGUCCAACUCAAGCCCAGGCAUCGGACGAUCCUCCACAUUCGACUUACCAUGGCAGCCGGAAAGAAGAGCGUCCCUAUUGUGAAAUCUGUGAAAUGUUUGGGCAUUGGGCUACAAAUUGCAAUGAUGAUGAGACCUUCUGAUGCGGGAGAGGACCAGGGAGAAAAAACCUUGCUCUGCACAUCAGCCGGACAAUGACCACCACCAGCAUUCAAGCAUGCCGACGUCAGGAAUUGAGGAUGGCUGUUCUUGCCCUCCCAGACUCUUCACAACCAACUGGCUUAGAAAGAUAUUUUGAUCUUCCACAGGAAAAAAAUAUUUUAUUCUGCCCUUGCAUAAGCUAAAAUCAAAUUUCAAAUAAAUAGUUUACUAGGCAGGUUUCUGCCAUUUUCUUUUCCAACUUCUGGGUUUGCAUCAUCUUUAAAGGGAAACUUCCCAUAUGUCACCUAUAGGAAAUUUAAAAACAAAACACCACUCUAGUUAUGUUUUAGGUUAUUUAAAGACCUUUAAAAAUUAUGCUGUUAAUUUUCAUAUUUGCACUAAGCUCUUCAAGCUGCAUUUGUAUGUUUUUAGAUUUUGUAAAGUUUUGACACUGGAAUGAGUUAGGAGACGAACUCUUCUUUUUAAUUGUUUUCAACUGCUCAGUUAUCUCUUGAACCCGUGAGCUCUGGUGCACUACCUAGAGAUCAGUAGUGCCUUUAUUUCAACAAGACUUCUUAACAGUGUGAAAUUUUUGUUUAAAAAAAUAUCAUGAAGCAGGUAAGCAAACAAGCUACUGUGGGAAAACCUUUUUCUAAAGAAACCUCUUGCGCUGUGCACAUUCUGGCAACAUCCUUUUCCGUGUCCUUUCAGCUUCUGUAGAAUUGUACAUACGUACAUAUAUAAAGAUAUAUAUUUAAGAAAAGGUUUAUAUUUUGGGAAAGUUUAUCUUAUUUUCUUCAGUGCUUCUUUUCAUCUGUUCUCCUCGGACUCCCUUGUGCACAGCCUAGUAACUUGAUGCAAUGACUUUAAAAAGCCUCAAGCUUGGGAGAUUUCUUUGUUUACUGUGGAAUUUGUAUCCUGUAACAGGCUUUUUUACAAAAUUUAAAGUCCAUUCAGAAAUCAAGCCUUUUUUGAUAAAUAAGUAGUUUAUUUAUUUUUCCCCCAUCCUUGGUUUGAAUUUUGUUCCAGAUGAAUGUAAAACAGAAAAUUCAAUAUUUAAUAAUUGUGAAUUUUCUAAAGUCAAGAACCUUACAAGGAAUGAAGAAAACUUUAAAAACCAAUGGAACGCACUGUUAUGGGUGAAACUGUGCCAUGCUUACUUAUUGCAUGUGUAGUUCCUGGUGAGAUUACUCUGUCAUGGAGUUCUGCUUAACAUAAGUAAAAAUUAUACCACAAAACCUGAUUUAAAUCUCUCUCUUCUUUUGAAUGUCUCAAACAUAAAUGUAAAAGAGAGAAAUUAUAUCUUCCCUGCUCUCUGUACAUUAAAGAGGAAUUUAACUCUUGUAUAAUGUGUGUAAAUAUGUAUGUGUGUAUAUAUAUAUAUGUAUAUAGAUAUAGCUAUAUAGAGAUAUAUAGAUAUAUAUAUCUACACGCGCACACAUACACCUCUUGUUUAAUUUCCCCCAGAUUACAGACAGUAUUUGGCAUAUGAAUCUAAAGCCAAUCUAAUGUAAUUGCUUGAAAUUUUGAGUAAUGAAUGUAUUAUAGUGAUAGAAGCAAAAAGCAGGGAAAUCAGUAUUAAACUAAACUAAGUGUACUGUAUCUUUAAUAAAAUGGUUAUUCUCUUGUCA